AACGCAUGCGCUUAUCAUUGGUGUGGACGCCAUCGAUUGUAUACGUUUUGGGUAUUUUCAGGUUCGGUAAUUAGCAAUUGUUGUCUGCCAAUAUGCAGGUGGCAGGCUCAGUGCAGGUGCUAAUGCCUCCCCUGCCCGUUAUGCCUGUGCUUUCUGCUCUACCCACACUUCCUCUGCAGCCCGAUAUUAGGGUGACUCCUGUAGAUGAUGAGCCACCAGCCCCACCACCACCUAAAGUAGAAGUCCAGCCCACAACAAAACCUGUUGUGGGUAUUAUCUAUCCUCCUCCUGAGGUCCGUAACAUUGUUGACAAGACUGCCAGCUUUGUAGCCAGAAAUGGACCUGAGUUUGAAGCGCGAAUUCGGCAGAAUGAGAUAAACAAUCCCAAGUUCAACUUCUUGAACCCAAAUGAUCCAUACCAUGCAUAUUACCGUCACAAGGUCAAUGAAUUCAAGGAGGGGAAAGGGCAGGAGCCCUCAGCAGCCAUCCCUAAGGUCAUGCAGCAGCAGUCGACUGCACAGCAGCUGCCACAGAAGGUGCAGGCCCAGGUAAUUCAGGAGACCAUCAUUCCUAAGGAACCUCCACCAGAGUAUGAAUUCAUUGCUGACCCCCCAUCUAUCUCUGCCUUUGACUUGGAUGUAGUGAAGUUAACAGCACAAUUUGUGGCACGCAAUGGACGUCAGUUUCUCACACAACUCAUGCAGAAAGAACAGAGGAACUAUCAAUUUGAUUUUUUGCGUCCACAACACAGCUUGUUUAACUACUUCACCAAACUGGUGGAGCAGUACACUAAGAUUCUUAUCCCACCAAAGGGUUUGCUUUUAAAACUGAAGAAAGAAGCGGAGUCUCAGAAGGAGGUUUUGGACCAGGUUAAGUACAGGGUGGAAUGGGCAAAGUUCCAGGAACGAGAGCGAAGAAAGGAGGAAGAAGAAAAGGAAAAGGAACGGGUAGCCUAUGCCCAAAUUGAUUGGCAUGACUUUGUGGUAGUAGAAACAGUUGAUUUCCAGCCCAAUGAGCAAGGAAAUUUCCCACCACCAACAACACCGGAGGAGCUUGGAGCACGAAUCCUGAUCCAGGAACGGUAUGAGAAGUUUGGAGAGAGUGAAGAAGUUGAGAUGGAAGUUGAAUCUGAAUCUGAAGAAGAGGAGGAGGAAGACAAAGAUGAGGAUGCCAAAUCGCAAGUUGACCAUGACAGCGAAAUACAGGAUAUGGAUGAGGGUUCAGAUGAAGAAGAAGAAGGUCAAAAAGCACCACCCCCACCUGAGAAUCCACAGCCUCCACCACUUCCACCAACUCCAGAUCAGGUCAUUGUCAGAAAAGAUUAUGACCCAAAAGCAUCAAAGCCAGCACCAGCAGCACCAGCCCCAGACGAGUUCCUCAUCUCUCCUAUCACAGGAGAGAAGAUUCCUGCCAGCAAAAUGCAAGAGCAUAUGCGAAUAGGUCUUCUGGAUCCCCGCUGGUUAGAACAACGAGAUCGUACCAUUCGAGAAAAACAGACAGAGGAUGAAGUCUAUGCACCAGGUCUGGAUAUUGAGAGCAGUCUAAAACAGUUGGCAGAGCGCCGUACCGAUAUCUUCGGUGUGGAAGAAACUGCCAUUGGUAAGAAGAUUGGAGAGGAAGAAAUUCAGAAGCCAGAAGAAAAGGUUACAUGGGAUGGUCACUCGGGCAGCAUGGCACGUACACAGCAGGCUGCACAAGCCAACAUAACCUUACAGGAGCAGAUUGAGGCUAUCCACAAGGCCAAAGGAUUAGUUCCUGAGGAUGAUAGCAAGGAGAAGAUUGGGCCCAGUAAGCCAGCAGAGAUGCCACAUCCUCCACCACCACCACCCUCUUCUGCUCCCAAUCUACCCAGCAGUGCUGCUCCAGUCACCACCAUACCACGUCCUCCUAUGAUGCCGCCUCCAAUGUCUGCAACAGUCAUCCCCACAAUGCCUGUUAUGCCUAGGCCUCCCAUGGCACCUGUGGUGCGUUUGGCACAUGGACCUAUCCCUACUCAAAUGCCACCAAUGCAUGCACCACGCAUUAAUGUAGUCCCGAUGCCACCAACUGCACCACCUAUGAUCCCUCCACGUCCACCUCCUAUGCUUGUGCCAGCAGCAUUUGUGCCAGCUCCUGCAGUUGCCCCUAUGCCUGCUCCUCAGCCUAUGCCACCAGCUCACCCACCACCUCCCAUGGAUGAUGAACCUGCAUCCAAGAAGAUGAAGACCGAAGACAGCCUCAUACCAGAGGAAGAAUUCCUACGAAGACACAAAGGCAUAUUCAUUAAAGAUUCCAAUUCAAUGGCUUACUACAACAUGACAAAUGGAUCUAUUAUUCACCUGGCACUGAAAGAAAGAGGAGGAAGAAAGAAGUAAAACUAAAGAAAGAACAGACUUUGAAUAAGCAUCCUGUCAGUGGAAUGCACAGCAGCCUGAAGCAUACAGCAUAAUCAGUGACACCUAUUAACAGCUGUAAAAAUGCUUUCUGUUAUAUUUGUUUAACAUACAGUGAUAAAGUUAACUGGAGUGAGAUAUUUUCCAUUUUAAACUGAGCUAUGUCUGUAAAUUUAAACCUUUCAUUUUCUUUGUUGCUGGAUACUCUACUGCCUACAUUAGACGGUGAUUGUUCUCAUGCGGUUUUCUAGUAGUCCUCACUGUGAAAGCUGUUAGCUAAUAGUUUGACUUGUUGCUCAGGUGCUCCAGUGAUAUACUUAUUCUGCUGUCUGAUGAAACAGCCUAUUGCUCACAGUGAUUUGUUUUCAUUAGAGGUAACAGACAGUUGUGCUUGUGAUACGCAUUAUUUCCAGAAGUACUGUAAAAUUCCCUGAAGCAAGAAAGGGGAUUUUUCUUGCAUUCCCAUAUUGUUUGCUUGGAUUGAUUCUUUUCGUCUCACAUAAGGCUGCCUUUGUUUUUAAAGGCCUAAAGGCAAUGUUCUCCAUUAUGUAAUCUGCUGGAGACUUUUAGUUUUGACCCUGGUUUAAAUUUAAGUGAGGAAGAUUGUCUUAAAACAACACACACAGUUGUAAUUUAAAAAUCUGUCUAUUAAAUUCACCAUACUGCUUUGUCAGUCCCUUA